AUGGGAAUUAGAUAUCAUCAAUCUAUCAUCUUUUUGGAAGAGGGAAAUUACAAGUCCUGGCGUAAUGGAAUUCUAAAGCAUUGUCGCUGGAUUCAUCUUUUGCCUCAUUUAUAUGGACUUACUCCCAAACCAAGUACUUGUUGGCAGAAAUCUGCAUGGGAAAGUAGAAAUGAUCAUGUCUUAGGAUUAAUUGGUUUAACUGUUGGGGACUAUACAUCAUGGGCUCUAUCACACAUUGAGUGCCCUCGCACUCUUUGGGCCACUAUAUGGGAAAUGUAUGAAGAUCCCAAUGAACCUCCAUUUCCAGAUGAAGACAUGCUUCUCUCCCUUGAUAAUGAUGAUGAUCCUAUGUAUGACGAUGGCACUGAAGAUGAAAUUUCUUAUUGGAAGAGACUUGAUUGUCUUGAUUACACAGAGACAUCUCCUCCUGCUUCUCCUCUUUCCACACCUCCAGUAUUGGCAAUUGUGCAGUCACCUCCAACUACAAGUUUGAUAGAGAUAUUGGCUUCUCCGAAUGCUACUUCAGAUUCUCUUCAGCAGGUUCAUUCUUGUCCACUUGAUGUGCGAGAUAUCAUCCUAUUAGACAUUUAUCAUUUGUUUGCUGAAUCUCUCCUAGAUCAUGAUGACAAUAUUGAGGGCACAUGUCUUCUCUCCGAUGUCAGCUCACAUCAAGUUGCAUCUUCUUUUGGUUUGGAUUCUCUUGUUCCCUCUCAGCCACUCCAUGCUACUAUCUUGACACAUCUUGAUUCACAUUCGAACAAAUCUCUCACUUCAGUUGUCAGUGUUCUUGAAUCUUGUAUGGAAAAGUCACAUUUCAGCAUUGGAUUGGAGAAACAUGAGUAUUUUCUAGAACCAUUCAUCUUUAUUCCUUCAUACAUUUCACUUGAGUGGGAAUUCAGCAGUUUGACAGCUCGAGGUUUCUAUCUUCCAAAAGGAAGAGACAUCAUUUGUUGCACGGGAACCUACUACAGCAUUCGUUUUGCUACAUUCUGUUUAGCUCAAAAUUUUACAGGGCUGGGCAAAAGUCUGCCGUUGAAACUAGUGUUCGACAGCCAAAAGAUCAAAGAAACUUUUGAACAUCGGAUUUGGGUGGAAGUAUCCCAAAGCUUCUCAGUUCAGCAGCUACUCCUGCAUAUAGCCUCAGAGAUAAAAAUCCGUGAAGACAAAAGGCAAAUUCAUCUAAGCGAGAAUGUCCUCAAGGAUAACAUCCGCAGCCACCUUCAAGGAAGCGGAUGUUUACUCGUUCUGGACGACGUAUGGAACACAGCAGCAAAACGUUUGAUUUUUUCUAAUGAUUUGACGGUUAUGAUUUCAACGCGUGACAAGGAAGUUGCACAAAAAAUGGGAGCUCAGCACACUUAUGAGAUGGAUUAUUUGUCUGAAGAAAACAGUUGGAGGUUGUUCUGCAUGCAUGCAUUCCCUGACGACAAUAAUCACAGUCCCCCAGAAGAGAUGGAAGAAGUGGCUCGUGCUAUUGAAAGAAAGUGCUCCAGAUUACCAUUAACCGUGAAAACAGUAGCAGCAUCCAUGGCAAACGUCAGCCGUCUUCCUAACCAGUGGGAAUCCACGCUGAACCGGCUAAAUCAAGUCAGCACAAUCAGGGACGACGUUCUGCCAAUUCUCAGGUUAAGUUUCGAUGCUCUCCCUGAUUAUCUAAAGCAAUGUUUCCUUUUUUGUUCUGCAUAUCCGGAAAAUACUAGAAUGGGUUGUGAAUACCUAAUUCAAGUAUGGAUCUCUGAAGGAUUUGUUAAUCCUGAAGAAACACAAGAUCCAUACGAGCUGGGAAAAAAUUAUUUAAACCAGCUCGCUGACCGUUCUAUGAUUGAGUUUGUGCCCCAUGAUGGGAGACAUGACAUGAUCAAAUAUUGUAAAAUGCAUGAUCUGCUACAUGAGUUAGCUCUUUUAGAGUCUCAGAAGCAGACAAAAUGUUUAUAUCAGGCUGGAAGAAACUUGAAAGAGUUUCCUGUAGAAAAGUGCAGGGGCUUGCGGAGGAUUUCAUUGAUUAAAAAUGAAAUAACUACCGUCAACAAAUCCAUCCCUUCUCCUGGGCUGCGUACCUUACUACUAUGGAAGAAUCUUAAACUCAAAUCGAUUUCUAGACGGUUUUUGAGUAAACUGAGACGUUUUAGGGUGUUAGACGUGAGCCAGACAGCCAUUGGAUCAUUGCCCAGGUCUAUUGCAAAGUUAACGCAUUUGAAACUCCUUAAUUUGUCCAGGACGGAAAUUAAGAAGCUGCCCAAUUGCUUGAGUGCUCUCACGAAUCUCCUCUUCCUCGACGUUAGUGAGUGCAAAAAUUUGACAACUUUGCAUUCAGGCGUAGCUAAACAUCAGUGUUUGCUGCAUCUAAAUACCGAAGGUUGUGAAAAAUUGGAAUUCCUACCUAGCGGAGUAUCCAAACUCGUCUCUUUACGAAAAUUAGGACAAGUUGUAUUCAAAAAAGACGCACCGAAAGCGUUGCAGUUGAUGGAUCUGAAAGAUUUGAGCCUGCUCCAACAGCUAUCAAUUGAAAUCAGCGGUUCUCAAAGUCUUAAGAAGGGGAUCUUUGGAGAGAUGACACAGAUGCGGAAGCUCUUCUUCAGUAAUUCUGAUGAUCAUAUCGUCAUUCAUCUUCCUGACGACAUGUCAUCCAUGACGCGACUGGAAAUUCUUCACCUGCACAACUGCGUGCUGCCCACAUGGAUUUCUCAGCUUCACAACAUCAUGGUGCUUCUCUUGAAGGGAGAUCACUCUGCAAAUUAUCGACCUCUGCUAACAUUGCCGAACUUACAACGGCUCAUCUUGUCGCAGAACAACCAUUGCACUGAGUUUCCCUCAGAAUUUGGGAUGUAUCCGUCAUUUCCCAAACUGGAGAUCUUUGAAAUCGAAGACUUUUCCCUUCUAAGGAGCUUUCCAUCUGUGAAUGAGGAUGCAAUGCCAAAGCUAAAAUAUUUCCGCCUGAAGAAUUGCAGCCAGCUAAAAGGAUUACCUGAAGGCUUGGACCAACUCAAGAGUCUCCAGGAGUUACAAGUGGUCGGCAUUGAAGCGUGCAGAACCGAUCUCCAAGAAAAUGGCUUUUACUGGAAUCAUUUCAAACAGCACAAUAUCAAAUUGAGUUGUGAGUAA